GCCGAGGCGGCGGCGAGAGGAGGCGGAUCGCCCACGGCCCCCCGCGCCCGGCCGCCAUGAGCACCAAGCAGGUCACUUGCAGGUACUUUAUGCAUGGUGUGUGUCGGGAAGGAAGCCAGUGCCUCUUCUCCCACGACUUGGCAAACAGCAAGCCGUCCACCAUCUGCAAGUACUAUCAGAAGGGCUGCUGCGCCUACGGAACGCGGUGCAGGUAUGACCACACGAGGCCCUCGGCCGCAGCGGCUGGCACCGGGGGGGCCCUGCCUCCCGCCGGGCCCUCGGCAGCCUUCCACGGCCCUCGCGCUGCCGACCUCACCGUGUCUCUGGUGACAACUCACCCGCCCGAACCUGGGAAGCGUGAGAAGAGAACAUUGGUGCUUAGAGACAGAAAUCUCUCUGGCCUGGCCGAGGAGAAAAGCCCUCCCAGUGUGGCGAGCGGUGCCGGCGGCUGCAGCGAUGCCCACAGCAGCCUGGAGGCGAAGCCGCACUCGUACCUGGACGCCAUCCGGAGCGGCCUGGACGAGCUGGAGGCCGGCAGCUCGUACGGCUGCGAGCAGCAGCUGUGCCCGUACGCGGCGGCCGGGACGUGCCGCUUCGGGGCGGCCUGCGUGUACCUGCACGGCGACGUGUGCGACAUCUGCAGGCUGCCGGUCCUGCACCCUUUCGACCCCGAGCAGAGGAAGGAGCACGAGAAGAAGUGCAUGUCCACCUUCGAGCACGAGAUGGAGAAGGCCUUCGCCUUCCAGGCGAGUCAGGACAAGGUGUGCAGCAUCUGCAUGGAGGUGGUCCUGGAGAAGGCGUCCGCCUCCGAGAGGAGGUUCGGGAUCCUCUCCAACUGCAACCACACCUACUGCCUGUCCUGCAUCCGCCAGUGGCGCUGCGCCAAGCAGUUUGAAAACCCAAUUAUCAAGUCUUGCCCAGAAUGCCGGGUGAUAUCCGAGUUUGUAAUUCCAAGUGUGUACUGGGUAGAAGAUCAGAACAAAAAGAAUGAGUUGAUUGAAGCUUUCAAACAGGGAAUGGGAAAAAAAGCUUGUAAAUACUUUGAGCAAGGCAAGGGGACCUGCCCAUUUGGAAGCAAAUGUCUUUACCGCCAUGCUUACCCAGAUGGGCGGCUGGCAGAGCCCGAGAAGCCGCGGAAACAGCUCAGCUCUGAAGGCACCGUGAGGUUCUUUAACUCAGUGCGGCUCUGGGAUUUCAUCGAGAACCGAGAAAGCCAACAUGUCCCCAACACUGAUGAUGUUGAUGUGACAGAGCUUGGGGACCUCUUCAUGCACCUUUCCGGAGUGGAGUCAUCAGAACCCUGAGCAGUCACUGCCUGUCCCGUUCAUCACAGGCCCCGCUGGCCGAAACCUUCCCCCUCAGCAAGGGUGGGCCGAGCCCCCUGCUGUGCGGCCUGAUGUGGAGUGUUGCUUGGAGUUGAGUGGGGCUGUGCUUGCCCUUGGCCUCAUCCACUGCCCCCUCCUAGAGCCCUGGCAAGAGUGAAGGAUAUAAAGUACCCCACUGAGCAUGUGGACACGUACUCUUUCUACUUGGCGGCUUAGUUGUGCCUCCAGCCCUUCAGACCACAGGAAGCGUGCAGAUGGAGAGCAUUCCAACAAAAUCAGCUGCGGGCCUUCCCCAUCUCUCUCCCCCAAACUCACAGCAGCCCAAAGGGAUUCUUUGGCCCAAGCAGGAGAGUUCUGUGUCGUGCGAGGUUGCCCUGCGGGCCAACCUUUCGGGUCGCCCAGGUGAUGAAGGGAGCACUGGUGGCCGUGGCCUUGGCCUUCCUAAGGGUGUAGAGCAAGCAGUUAGGAGGCAGCCAGGUGGGGCCCCAGCCAGGAGCGCAUGCCCAGUGCAGUAACCUUAUCCAAGGGCUCAGAACACACACCCACUUAAACAUAAAAAGCCUCCGUCAUCCUUACCUGGCUCCACUGGCAGGCAGCUGGUGCACACGCAAGCUUUUGAAUCACGCUCACUCCAAGCCUGAGUGCAGCUAGAUGUACCAAAUACAUUGAAGCUUGGCCAGGAGAUCUCUUACCAGAGUUUAGAAUGCUUUUUGCUUGAUGAAUUGAGUUGACCCUUCACUAAAGUGGAAAGGACAUAACAGGCUCAGCUAAACUUACUUCCUGCUUCUUGAAUUCGGCUUCAGAAGGGAGUGAACAAGGAGACAGUUCACGCUCUGAGCUCUCGUUCAGUAUUGCUUUAAAAGAAGGUAACAGCCGUUAAACCUAAAUUUAAUUUAUUUUAUUAAAAUAACAUAAUUGAAGAACCAUGAGAUAACUGUAUUUUGUCAGGCGCAAUAAAAACAAAAUUAAAACCCAAA